AUGGUGGGGAGGCUGGGGCGGACGGAGGGGGGCAGCCUGACACCCGCCGCCACCACCGCCACCAGCAAGUCCAGUGUGAGCGGCUUGGCAGUGAGGAUGGAGAGGAUGAUAAUCCCGGCGGUCGCCCUACUAACGGUGGGUAGCGCGACAGAGCAGGAGCGCUGGCACACGCAGGAGGCGGCGGCGCCAAAUCGCUUAGAGGGGGUCGUGGACACCCGCCCGCCCCCUGCAGGCCCCUGGCCCCGGGCUCCUGGUCAACCUCCCUGGUGUCCCAACGAUCUGGGAGCCGGCCAGUCCGGCCGCCUGGCUCUCGGCGCCCCCGGCCCGGGCCUGGGGUGGCCAGUGACAGCUCGGCGGCGGCGGAGCGCGGGGAGCCCGCGACGCCACGGCCCCCUCCCAGGGUCACACCCUCCCGGCCGGGAGGAGGCAGCACAGCGUCCAGCCACGAGCUGGUGGGAAACUGGACGGGGGUCGCCAGUGACUGCCCCCCAGCUCCAGCCGCUGACAGGAGGCCGAGAGAGAACAGAACCCAAUUGCAGUGCCCCCGUGGCGCCCCCCGCUAUGAAGUCCGGCCGGGACCUCUCGCCGGGCCUCAGGUGCGGGUCCCACCCGCAGCGGGAGGCGAUGGCUGGGGACCACGCACGGGGCCGGGAGGGAAAAGUUUCUUUUCCUGCUCCGGCGCUGCCCACCCAGGGAGGCUACUGCUCUCCCCGCCUUUCGCAGGCUGCAGGCGCUUGCGCCCCACCCCCACCGCGCCGUGGGGGGGCCCGAGGAGGGGCGGGCGGCGGGUGUCUGCGCGCGGGGGCGUGGAGGGAGCGCGGCGGCCGCCGCCGGUCCCCUCGUGCUGACGGCGGCACAGACGCCCAGCGCGGUGAGCUCGGAGCGCUGCUGGGAGCCAGGACCCCUCCCCCGCCGCGCGCCCCCGCGCCGCCCCGCGCGCCCCCGCGCCCUCGCGCCAGCCCCGGCAGACACCUACGCAGAUGCGAAAGUGAAAGGGGGGGACCGAGCUGGCUGCUGCGGGGUGGGGGGAGGGCUGGGGGUGCGCGGAGCGAGGCGCCCGCCCAGCCAGAUCGCGGGGCUCUCCCGUGCCCGCAGCCUCUCCUAAGUCCCCAGCCUCCCCCCGCCAGGCACACUAGUCUUCGUCGUCUGGAGACGAGUGUGCGCGUGAGGGUGCGCGCGGGUUCGCUCUCACUCGUGGGUGUGCGAGCCUUGUGCCCCAGACUUGGCCACUGCCGAGUACCCCAAACCCUCGGGUGGAGGGAGUGCGAGUGUCACUGCCAUUUACGGACAGGUUCACCUGCUUGUUCUUCUUUAUGA